AUGCGUAGAGUGUUUUCUUGAUGAACACUCUGCGGCGCUAGUUGUCCAUUUCUAGAGCUUUCUGAAACCUGCACCGGUACGCAUUAAAACGAGUCAUCGACUGAUUUUUGUUCAUGUGAAAGAGAGUUUGAGUGAAUGAGUUAAAAUUCAAAUAUAUUAUCAAACGAUUAUUUUCAUUCAUAUCCAACGAUCAUUAUGGAUAAGGUGUCUAUAUUAAAAGAGAAAGGUAAUGCUGCCUUGCAAGAAGGUAGAUUUGACGAAGCUGUUCAACAUUAUACAGAAGCUAUAACUUUGGAUAAUAGUAACCAUGUUUUAUACAGUAAUCGUUCAGCAGCAUAUGCAAAAGCUAAAUUGUAUGAAAAAGCUUUGGAGGAUGCUGAAAAAACAGUUAAUUUGAAACCUGAUUGGGGGAAAGGAUAUUCUCGCAAGGGCAGUGCUCUUGCAUAUCUUGGAAAGCUAGAUGAAUCUAUUGCGGCUUAUGAAAAAGGUUUGAUGUUAGAUCCGGAUAAUGCACAAAUGAAAGCCAGUUUAGCAGAUGUCAAAGCCCAAAAAAAUGCAACUAGAUUCAAUCCGUUUAAUCAUCCGGAUCUUCUUAAAAAAUUGGCUAACGAUUCUAGAACAAAAGCUUAUGUCAAUGAUCCAGAAUAUUUAAAAUUAUUGCAAGAGCUACGCAAUAAUCCUCAAAGUUUGAGUUUAAAUCUUCAAGAUCCACGAAUAUUAACAACUCUUGGAGUACUUUUAGGAGUAGAUGAAUCGAUGGAUAUAGAUCAAGAAUUACCACCAGAACCUCCCAAACCGAAACCAGAGCCUAAAGUAGAAAAAAAAGAAGAGGAUGAUUUACCAGCAGAAAAAAAGGAAGCCUUAAAUGAAAAGAAACUAGGAAAUGAGGCCUACAAGAAGAAGAACUUUGAGGAAGCUCUUCAACAUUAUAACAAAGCGGUCGAACUUGAUCCCACAGAAAUAGUUUAUUUGCUUAAUAUAGCUGCUGUUUAUUUUGAACAAAAAGAAUAUGACAAAUGUAUUUGCCAAUGCGAAAAGGCCAUUGAUUUGGGGAGAGAAAAUCGAGCAGAUUUUAAACUAAUAGCUAAAGCAUUUACCAGAAUUGGUCAUGCAUAUAAAAAAAUGUCUAACUGGAAGCAAGCCAAAGUAUAUUAUGAAAAGUCUAUGUCUGAACAUAGAACGCCAGAAAUUAAAACAUUACUGUCAGACAUAGAUAAAAUUAUAAAAGAAGAAGAAAGGAAAGCUUAUAUUGAUCCUGCUAAAGCCGAAGAAGAGAAAGAAUUGGGCAACCAAAAGUACAAAGAUGGUGAUUAUCCAGCAGCAAUAAAACAUUAUUCAGAAGCUAUUAAAAGAAACCCAGAUGAUCCCAAAUAUUAUAGUAAUAGAGCAGCUUGUUACACUAAAUUAGCAGCUUUUGAUCUUGGAUUGAAAGACUGUGAAAAGUGUGUUGAAAUAGAUCCCAAGUUUAUUAAAGGCUGGAUUAGAAAAGGAAAAAUAUUACAAGGAAUGCAACAGCAAGGAAAAGCAUUAACGGCAUAUCAAAAAGCAUUGGAAUUGGAUCCAUCAAAUAGCGAGGCAUUGGAAGGCUAUCGUUCCUGUGCUGUGUCUGUUAGUUCUAAUCCUGAAGAAGUUAGAAAAAGAGCAAUGGCCGAUCCUGAAGUUCAAGGUAUCCUACGAGACCCAGCCAUGAGAUUAAUUUUAGAACAAAUGCAGAGCGAUCCCCGAGCCUUACAAGAUCACUUAAAAAAUCCGGACAUAGCUGCCAAAUUACAAAAGCUUCUGGAAUCCGGUCUUAUAGCCAUUCAUUAAACAAAUACGAGGACAUUUAUAUGUGCGUGGUUGGUGCCUACACACUCGGCAUCAAAAUUAUAAAAUUCAGUUCCUUCGACAUUAAGAACACUAUGCUUUUUAUUCUGUUUCCAUCUAUAUAUUUGCUGGUUCAUAACCACACAUUGCACUGAAUGCUUCAUCUGACAAAAGUUUCAUUUUAUAACUUUAUUCAAAAAUUUCAUUUUAUAACUAUUUCAAAUAUUAAUUUUUGUCAUUAAAAAUGUUUCGAUGCAGUGAAAGAAAAAAAAAAAAAAAAAAAAAAAGAAGAAGAACUGGGUAACAUCGCUGUUCAUUAUUUCCAUUAGAAAACUUGUUACAAUAACUAUCCAUAGUAUGUUUUAUCAUAUAUCUACUUAUGUAAACAGUGAAAUACUUAAUCCAGAAAAGAAUUUCAAUAUCGCAAGUGUUGAAAAUGUUUGCCACCAUUUUAUAAUAAUAAAGUUGCUCUUUUCAUUGCUAGUCGUAAAAAGCA